GCUCAUAAUGGCAGAGGCCAACCAAACGGCAAACCCACAGAAGAAGUCUGGAAGACUGUACUGUAAAGCUGUGUUCACUGGCUUCAAGCGUGGUUUGAGAAACCAGCAUGAAAACACUGCAUUAUUGAAGAUAGAAGGUGUAACCAAGCUCGCAGAAACCCAUUUUUAUCUCGGAAAGCGAUGUGCAUAUGUAUACAAGGCAAAGAGGAAGACUGCUUGUCCUGGCCACGAAAAUGCUAGUCGUAUCCGUGUAGUGUGGGGAAAGAUCACACGCCCACAUGGUAACAGCGGAUCUGUGAGAGCAAAGUUCAGGAAGAACCUACCUGCCACCGAUGGGACGCAGGAUCAGAGUGAUGCUGUAUCCAUCCAGUGUUUAAAUCUCUGAAAUGUACAGUAAAAAAAAAAGAGAAAACCCCAAAAA